AAUCUGUAAAACUGUUCAGUCAUUUGUAUGGCAUGCUUAAUACACUCAAAUAAACAUCUCGUUCUCUUGUAUAUUUAUUUUAAAUUUUGUGAUUUUAAUAUGUCUGGUGCAUCCAAAUCUGAUACCCAUGGUGGUAAAGGUCAAAAACGUAAAAAAAAUUAUUACAAAUCAUUUACAAAUAAACGGACAAAGUUUACUCCAUUCAAGGAAGGUGUCAAAGGUUUUUUAGUUAGCUGCAAUAAAAGUGAGAAUCAUGCUGUGAGAGAAGCAUACCAACUUUUGAAUAAGUAUACUGAAGAAUUGGAGGAUCUGGAAUUAGCGGCCAAAAACAGCGGAUCCAAUGAAGAUGUUUCGAUUAAGAAAGAAACGGGUGAAAAUAAAGCAGUCAAGGUUGAGGACAUCGAGCUGGAUAAGGAGCUUGCAAAGGAAGUUGAUAAAUUGAAAGAAGUCCGAAGACGCUUCAACCAACUCACUACUAAAACUCAUAAUGUCAUCUUUAUAGAAGCAAAGGAAAAUUCAUUAGAUCCAAAUGCCAUUGUUAGCCGCAUGUUUGAUGAUAUAAAAAACAAUUCGACUACAAAUGUAAAAUUUUGUCUAAAGAUGCUUCCAGUUAUUACUACAUGCAGUGCUCAUAUUGAAACAAUCAAGAAAACAUGCAUGAAUUUGCUGGAAAACCAACCAGAGGAAGCAAGUUAUUAUAUUAUACCAAAAGUACGCGCCCAUGACGGUAUUACCCGAGAGGAAAUUAUACAGGCUAUUGGGGAUGCAGUUGCUGAGAAGAGGGAAAAAUGGACUCCUGACUUUGAUAAUGCUAAAUUGACCAUUGUGGUUAAUAUAGUAAAUAAGUUUUGUUGUUUUUCCAUUCUUUCAAAUUUUAACCAGCUUAAGAAGUACAAUCCUGUUGAGUACACUUUAGCCCGAGGCAGCUCAACCCAAGCUUCUGAGGAUAUCAAAAAUGAGAAUAAAGAUGAAUCAGGAGAGGCAGAAAAAUCACCCUCUAUAGGAACUGGAACUGGAACUGGAAAGAUCCAAGAUAAAAAGAAAUAAGUGUUCGUAAUAAAUUUCAUGUUUCAAAAUUUUACUUCAUUUCUUAAAUUCUUCAACUACACAAGGUUUCGCGCCAUUUCGUCUUUUAUUAAAGUCUAAUGCAAAUUUCGUUUCAGCAAA